AUGAAUGGGCAUUUGAGUUAUUUACGAGAUCAAGCUCGACUUUAUUCAAAAGGGAGCUUUGCGCCGAAUGAUGACAUGGCAGAAAGCACUUCGUUCAUCUCUCAAAGACUGAAUUCCGGGUAUGGCUACUUAAGCGACAAAAAAACGUUGAGGGACGGGUCAAACAUAUUCGACAAAUUCAAAUCGAAAUUGAAUUUGUUCAAAUAUGAUGUUAGCUCACUUAGCGAAGACACCACUGCAAGAAGACAUCGGCAAUUAUGGAAUAUUGUAAGAGAAAAACCAAUUCAGAUAGUAGAUAAUGGACGCCUAGAAAGUACUUCACCUCAAAAGAUUACGCAUGAAGCUCAACCACAAAUAUUGGAAAGUGCGAACACGUUUCUUACUCAAAAUGCUAAUGAUGAUUACGCUGAAGAAUCGGCAGGAAUUACAAGCCCUGGCAAAAGAAAAGAGGGUAUACCAAGUGUGCCGUUGAGUGGAUCACCAUUUGUGUCAAGAGCAGAUUUAGAUUAUAUUGGUGUGGAACCGGAUUCUCUGAUUGGCAAUGAUAUUGGGUGGGAUAAACUUUCUGGCAGAUCACCACUUAAAAGAAGAACCACUCUCCAUACAAUCCAGAAACGUUUGCUAAAUAUUUCCAACAGGAAACAAGAGGUAUGGAAAAGCUAUCAGAAACUUUUACGAGAACUGAAUGAAUGGUGGCAAGAUACGAUUGAUACUGAAGAAAGCGUCAAAUUAAUCUCCGAUCUACAAAGAUUAUUUCACGAAGAUUUGGUUUACGAGAACAGAAUUUCUGUCAAGUUGAGAGAGAUUUCAAAAGCAUUGGAGUUCACAAAAUUGAGGGAAGAUGAAAUGUUACUUGAGAGGAAAGAACUUAAGGCCAUAGGCAAAAAAUAUGGCCAUAUACGAUCUAAGAAAGGCGAUCAAAGUGAAGAAGCAAUGUUUCUUAGGGAAAAGGUUAAAACUAAACAAAAAUCAUUAAGCGAUAUCACUGGUCAUUAUCAGCAGUCUCUUUCAACUACCGCUAGAGAAUUAUUUAUAAAUGCAAGUGUCGAGUUCUUCGAAACAUCUUCGGAUAUGAAGGAAGCGAGCAGGGCCUUCUUUCAAAAUUCGAUUCAGCAUUUAAGAUCCAUUCAAGCUGAAAACAUUGAGCAACAUCUAGAAGACCUCAGACGUAAACGUGCUGAUAAACAAUGGUCGAAACUCACGAAUGAAGAAAAAGGAGAUCCUUGUAAACUAGUUGAAAUAAUGAGUGCUAUGUACAAUGGGCAGGAUUCAUUGAUGAGAUGUAUUGGGAAAGUCGGUAGCAGCAAGGCAUUGUCAGGGGAAGGUACAGGAAAAGAGAAUAAACCUACAAAUACUCAAGAUGCCACUCCCAAAUUGGAAUUUAAGACGGGACUUGACGAAACAUUAUCGGAAUUUCCGAGCGACCAUAACGCUUGUGGUUCACCAGGAAAGGGUGAAGUUACUGAAAUAACUAAUAUCCCACACAUAUCUGGUAGUAUGUACAAGUCUAUGGACCCUCAAAAGACACUUAACGCUAAUCUAAAAAUCGCUACUCCGGUAAGUCCAUUUAGAAACCAAUCCCAUGAUUGGGGUCAGACAUUGAAAAAAACUGAUGAAAUUCGAAAGCGCAAUGAUAAAAGUUUAAUCAGCACACCGAUUGAAAUCGCCAAUCGUCUUCUUGAUGAUCACAGGACUAUUAAUGAUGGUCUUAUAAUCAAAUUUGACACCAGUGGUGCGAACGAGGUAUCUCGAAAUGUUUUCGAACCUGAACAGGAAUUAGAUCGAAAUAAAUGGGCAGAAUCCCCUCCCGAGUAA